GGUUGACAGAGGCUGCAAAUGACGAUAUUGGACAGUCGAGAUCAGAGAAAGUUGAUCUGAGCAUGUUUGUUGGGACAUGGAAUGUAGGAGGAAAUUGCCCACAUAAGGAUUUGGAUGUGAGAGAUUGGCUGAGAACUUCAUCGCCUGCUCAUGUUUAUGUUAUUGGGUAUGUUUUGUAAUUUUGAAGAAGUAAGAGGGGCAUAAAUGUAAAAUACUAUUUCCGUAAAUCAUAAUCAACUGUUGUUUUACCUUUUCACCCUUACCAAUGGAGCAGGUUUCAAGAGAUCGUACCCUUAAACGCAGGCAACGUUCUGGGGACGGAGAACAAAAGCUCUGCUGCCAAGUGGCUAUCACUCAUUUAUGAAGCUUUGAAUAAUAACGACAACGAUAACGAUGAUGGGAUUAAUGAUCUCAACACGAAGCAAAAUCACGGUUUCCGAUUGGUUGCAAGUAAGCAAAUGGUCGGGAUCUUUCUUUGCGUAUUCGUACGCAAAGAUGUGUGUAGUCAUGUUAGCGACUUGAAGGUGUCGUGUGUCGGAAGAGGCAUAAUGGGGUAUCUUGGAAAUAAGGGGUCUAUUUCUAUUAGCAUGACGUUACAUCGUACUACAUUUUGCUUCGUUUGCACUCAUUUGGCCUCCGGAGAGAAAGAAGGUGACGAGUUCAAGAGAAAUGCAGACGUGAUGGAAAUCUUGAAAAAGACCAGAUUUUCUCGUUCAUAUAGAACGCUCGGGAAACCGAUCCCUCCCGAUAAUAUUUUGGGCCAUGAUAAGAUAAUUUGGCUCGGGGAUUUAAAUUAUCGCUUGUCAUCUACCUCCGGUGACGUGCACGAGUUCCUCCAAAGAAAUGAUUGGCCAGCGCUUCUAGAGAAAGAUCAGUUAAGAAUAGAGCAAAAGGCGGGGCGCAUUUUUGAAGGAUGGGAAGAGGGCAAUAUACAUUUUGCUCCGACAUACAAAUACAUUACCAACUCUGACUGUUACGUCGCCCACACUUCGACUCCCAAAGAGAACAGACGUACGCCCGCUUGGUGCGAUCGGAUUUUGUGGAAAGGUGAAGGGCUGAAACAAAUGUCGUAUAUAAGGGGUGAAUCGAAGUUCUCAGAUCACAGGCCGGUUUCUUCUGUGUUUUCAGUACAAGUGAGUAUGCCUCUGAACGAGAAUACAAUAAUCAAAUUUUUGGAUCCAAAGACUCUAAAGUCUUCGUUAUUACCAGUUUGUGCCGCAAAAGUCCAAGCCGAAGAGUUGUUGCUAAGUAAGACAAAGAGUUGCAUAGAAACCACCCCUCGGUUCUUGGGAGUUGCUAGAAAAUUGAUGAGCUAUUAGAUUCAUGACACGUGUCACGUACGAUCGAUAAAUGACGUGGACAAGAUCACAAGAAAAUGUCCACACCCUCGUUUUAGGCUUUUGUUUUUUCCCAAAAAGUUUGGGACAUUGGAGCAAUGAGUCGAAUAUGGCCUUCGUGGCUUGGGUAGUAAAAAAUUAGCCCGGUCAUACUUUGUUUUAGACUCGCUGGUCAAAAUACGGAGUGGCCAAUGGCAUGGUGACGGGCAAGGUGAAGAUACAGGAGAAAAAUGGACGUUAUGAAUGAGAAUAGACACAGCUUUUG